CUCCCUGAAUGCAAGCGCAUGUCAAUCAUUAGCUCUCAUGUGAUAGCUCUCGCGCAUGACGUGCCAACCAUAUGGCACUGGCAGCAGAGCUGGUACCCCCUUUGCUGGGUAGAGAUGCCACUCUCGCCUCCUUUUGGAUAGAGGACUGCAGGAGGCUGGAGCACCUCAAGGAGCCGCGUCCUGGUCCCAGAAGAUGCUGGGAACAAUGAAAUAAGAAUUCCUCCAGUCAGCGCCGAAGCCAUCAUGUUGACGCGACUGUUCAGCGAGCCCAGCCUCAUCCCCGAAGUUCAGAAAUUCUCCAGCUGGGCCGAGGAGUGCGAGGACGAUGCCCGGAGCGACAAGGAGGAGCGGAAGGGUAAGGGCUGCGCCCUGCCGGAGGAGCCGCCCGAGGGCUCCCUGGGGGAGAGCAAGGAGGAAGGGGAGCUAGGAGGGGACGAGGAGGAGGAGGAGGAGGAGGAGGAAGGCCUGGAGGAGGCGGAGGGCGACCGGCCCAAGAAGCGCGGCCCCAAGAAGCGCAAGAUGACCAAGGCGCGGCUGGAGCGCUCCAAGCUGCGGCGGCAGAAGGCGAACGCCCGCGAGCGCAACCGCAUGCACGACCUCAACGCGGCCCUGGACAACCUGCGCAAGGUCGUGCCCUGCUACUCCAAGACGCAGAAGCUCUCCAAGAUCGAGACGCUGCGCCUGGCCAAGAACUACAUCUGGGCGCUCUCCGAGAUCCUGCGCUCGGGCAAGCGGCCCGACCUGGUCUCCUACGUGCAGACUCUGUGCAAGGGGCUCUCGCAGCCCACCACCAACCUGGUGGCCGGCUGCCUGCAGCUCAACUCGCGCAACUUCCUCACGGAGCAGGGCCAGGAGGCGGGCCGCUACCACGGCCCCAACGCCUCCUUCGCCGUGCACCCCUACCCCUACCCCUGCUCGCGGCUGGCCGCGGCGCAGUGCCCGCCCGCCGCCGGGCCCGGCGCCCACGGGCUACGGACACACGCGUACUGCGCCUCCGCCUACGAGAGCCUCUACGGCAACGCGUCGCCCGACUACAACAGCUCCGAGUACGACGGCGGGCUCAGCCCCCCGCUGUGCAUUAACGGCAACUUCUCCCUCAAGCAAGACUCUUCCCCCGACCACGAGAAAAGCUACCACUACUCUAUGCACUACUCGGCCCUGCCCGGCUCCCGGCCCUCCGGCCACAACCUGGUCUUCGGCUCGUCGGGGAUGCGCGGGGGGGUCCACUCCGAGAACAUCUUCCCCUACGACAUGCACCUCCCGCACGAGCGGGGCCCCAUGUACGAGGAGCUCAACGCCUUCUUCCACAACUAACCCCGCCGCCGGCACACGCGGCCGCCGCCCCCGCCGCCCCCCCGGGCCCCGGACGCCGCCGCGGGCUUUGGUGCAAUAGGGGGACCCGGCCCCGGCGGCGGGUCCCCGGGCCCCGCGGGCACGAAGUGCUUUUUUUGGAGGUUUUUUUUUUUUUUUCCCUCUCUCCGAGGGGGGGGGGGGUCGCGCCGAGCGCUGCCUUCGGCUCCCCCCGGCCAGCGGCGGGGCCGGCGGAGAAGCGCCCGGGAGCCCGGUCCGGCCCGGGGCGCUGGGUCGGGCCGCGUCGUUUGCUUUUUAAUUCCUUUUUUUUUUUUUUUAAUCCCCCCCCCGUUUGGGGCCGUUUCUUCCUUUCGGCGCCGUGAGCCCCCCCGAGCAUUGGACACCCGCUGCCCCCGGCCCGUGGGAGCGAGAGGAGACCCGCGCUGCGGCGUGGAGCGAAACUUUCCGAAGCAAUAAAGAGGCGAAACGGAGAUACCAAUAUUUCUAUCUAUGCAAGCAGGCACGGCCCGGCGGACGCUCAGAGAUGCACUUUGCUUUGGGGGGGCCCCGGCCCCGCUCCCGGCCCCGGCCCCGGCCCCCCGGCGCCGGGGCUCUCCGCCCCCGGUGCCCGGGAGCUCCUCUCGCAGCGCGUGUGUCAGGACGUUUUUUACCUGUUUUAAAAACUUGAAACGGAAAAAAAAAAAAAAAGGAAAAAAAAAAUGCGGAGCCGCCCCGGUGUUCCCGAGCUGGCGGCGCCGGGGCCGCGCACGGCAGGGCAGCCCGCAGCUAUGCAAGCGGGAGCGGGGCCGCGGCCGCGGCCCGGCGGGGCUCCCGGCGGGGCGGCCCGGGGCGCCGCGGCCCCGCUCGGCUCCCGGGAGCCGGCGGGCGCGCCGAGCCCGUUGCGUUUGUAUUUGUCCCAGUUUUGAUGCAUUCCUUCGGUCAGGAGAUGCCGGUAAACCAGAGAUAACGCUAUUUUUGAAGCUGCCCGCACCACCUUAGACAAACCAGCAUUUUUAGAGAACAGGGAGGAGGAGAAUUUCUGAGAAAUGUUUUAAAAACGAAAAAAAAAAGUUUUGCAAAAAACCUGAAAAAAAAACAAAAAACAAAAAAAAACAGUUGUAGCAAAGGGGACCCGCCUGUCCGACACCAGAAGUGCUUUCGUGUUUCUGUUCCGUUUCAUUUCGAUUAAUAAAUAUUUAUGGCCAACGAUAUGCAAGAGCCCCCCCCUCCCCGCGCCCCGGCGGGGCCGCGCCGGGAGCCGCGCCCGGGCGCGCCGUCCCCGCCGCCGCGGACACUGCGGGGCGGCGGAGCGCGGGCGCGGGGCCGGGACGCCCGGCGACACUGCAUGCAUCGGUCCCCCGGGGCGGCCCGGCCCGCCGGACGCUCGCAGCCGCCGCCGCCGCCGCCGCCGCGCUCCCCGCCGGGGCGGCGCCGCCAGGACUCCUCGGACGUGCCCCGAGCCGCGGUCGGUUGUGAUUCGAGUCAAACCUGUAAUUAACGAGCGUCCUACGACGGCGAUUAAUAAAUAUUAAAUGUUGA